AGGGUUAGAGAAGAAAGUAUUUUAUUUUUUGUUCCAAAUUAUUCAGAAUGAUGUUUCAUAGUUCAAAAUGCGCGCAAAGAUUUUCAGCUAAUGAUUACAGCGCCAAUUUUCGAAUGUGAUUCUCGAAUAUAAUCGAUAUUUCUGACGAUCGAUCUAUAGCAUUAAAAUAUAACGUAUAACUGUCAGUUUUCGGCGGGAAGCGCAAUAAAAAGUACUUCAUUCAGAAAUUCUCAGGUAAAGACUAUAAUCAGUAGAUUGUAAUUUUUAGACUUGUAUUUGCAUUUUCAAGUAUUGCUGCGACAAUUAUUUGAGAAAUUCAGUCCCGUAUUAAUUAAAAGUGAAUACGUAUUUGAGCACCUUGUAUAUUAUAGUGUAGAAUCACAGGUAAUAACAAUUCGUGUUAAUAUAGGUUAUACAAUCAUAUUAACUUGUAUAAUUGCUCCAGCAAAAUCACGUAUAUGGUAAUUGCAUUCUCUUCUGAAAAUGCAAAAGUUAUGACGUAUAAUAAAUCCUACGUAUGAUAACAUCUAAUUUAUUCUAACGAAGGCGGGCGUAUUUUUAUUAAAUAAAUAAAUGAUAUUUUUGCUUAUUGCGCAAUUUCGUUGAAGACGAUAAGAAAAACGCGCCAUAUUAGAUUAGUACAAAGUAUUAGCGUGUUUUUGCGUGCCCUGUUUCUGUUUCUGCAAAACUGAAAUUUCAAAAAUUAACGGUAAAGAAUAUCUUCGUCUCUGGUUUUAUCUAUUGAAUUUCACAGUCAUGAUCGCGAGGUAAGAUUCUCAAAACGAACAUAUAUUGCUCGAGCAAGAGCAUGUAAACGAAUAACGAUCACUAAGAUCGAUGAUGUCGUCUCUGUGUGGGAUCAGCUUCUCUAAAGUAUAUUUUUAUUUCAUAUUUAUAAGUUACUUUUUGUUUUUAGAAAAACUUGAGAGUCGAGUCUCAGCGGACAUCGUGCUCGAAAGAAAGAAAAGAUCUGGCAAACUGC